AAAUAUUGAUUUGACGGGUAUUAACGGAUUCAAUAUUCUUGUUAUAGUUUCUAUAUAUAAUGAAAAUACUUAUAUCAGUGACACUUGUUAUCAGUCGAAUGAGCCAUUUACAUUCUGGUAUAGACUUGCAGGUAAAAGAAGUGUGAAAUUGUAUGGAAUAUCGACCUUCUUGUUUGAACUGGGACGUGCUUCUUUAUGCAACCCUGUAACUUUAUCAAUCUAAGCAGUGUUAAACUUGUGAAAUACACAGAUCGCAUUUUAUAAACGAGUACGCAUGUAUCAAGUUAUAUAACGGACGGGGGUAUAGGAACUGUUAAAUAUUUGCUUGUUUGUGGUUUACACAGAUACACAGAGAGAUAUGGCACAUUUUACAUCAAGAAUAUUUUUGCUUCUGAGUUUGGUUUCUCGAUUUCUUUCAGUGGAAGUUCCAAGUGUGACUAUGAGACUAGGGACAAUAAGCGGAGAAACUAAAAGUGUGGUAUUUCGAAAUAAACCGUAUGAAGUUGACAGAUAUCUCGGCAUUCCAUAUGCUAAGCCUCCAACUGGAGAACUGAGGUUCAGAAAGCCGGAGCCGUUUGGCCCAUUUCCUGAGCCGUACAGUGCUACAGACUUUGGACCAGCAUGUCCACAAGCUAUAGUUCUUCCUCACCAGCCCGAGGAGAAGACAUCAGAAGACUGUUUAUUUCUCAAUAUUUAUGUACCACGACAGGAAUCCGACCAGAAAUCAGGCCACGCGGUUAUGUUCUUUAUUCACGGCGGCGGAUUUUCAAUCGGUUCAGGAACGUUUUAUGAUGGAGGAUUCCUUUCAUCUGUCGGAAAUGUGAUUGUAGUCACCAUCAAUUACAGACUUGGAUUGCUUGGAUUUCUUGAUAUUGACAAUGGAAAAUCUUCGGGUAAUUUUGGUCUUACGGACCAACGUUUGGCCCUGCAAUGGAUCAAUGAAAAUAUCGGUUCGUUUGGAGGUGACAAAGAUAGGGUGACCAUAUUUGGGGAAUCCGCAGGUUCAAUAAGUGUUUUAUUGCAAAUGAUUUAUCCCCCAAAUGACGGAUUCUUCGGAAGUGGUAUCUCGCAGAGCGGGGCUUUAAAUGUGCCGGGAUAUUACAAGGAAAAUAACAUCGAUGUUGCUAAAUUUUAUGCUGAGAAAAUGAACUGUAGUGUUAAAGACAUGAAUGAAGUUUUCAGUUGUCUUAAGUCGGCAACACCUGAAAAUAUAAUCAAAGUUGUUUCUGACGCAGUGGCAUCUCCUGGUAUGGCUGACGCAGCAAAAGUUGGUGCUGUUCCAACAAUUGAUGGAGAAUUUAUCAAAACGAACCCCGUUGACUUGUAUAGGAAAGCAGUAAAUGAAGAGAGUGAGGAAAUAAACUUCUUUCGAACACUUAAACUAAUAAAUGGCGUUAAUGGUAUAGAAGGCGGGAUGUUUCUUAUAAUGUUCGGAUCAGAUAAUUUGGAAGAACUUGAGAUAACUAGAGAACAGAUGAAUACGCAGCAAAUUCCUGGUGCUACAGCAUUACUCUAUGGUCAGCGAACUGUUCCUGAAGUUGUGAAACAGCUUCUGAUUGCAGAAUACACGGACUGGAAAAAUCCUGAUGAUCCCAGAACACUUCGUGAACAAGUAUUGCGCCUUUUUGGUGACAUUUAUUUCAAUGUUCCUGCGAUAGAAAUGAGUCGCGUUCAUUCCAAUGCAUCUGAUGUUUACAGUUACCUCUACAACUUCGUUCCUGUUCUGGACAAACAAAUGUUUCAAACACCAAGCUGGGUUAGUAUGGCAAACCAUGGGGACGAAUUAGCGCCUGUGUUUGGAUACGGCUUUGAUUUGGCAGCUCUGAUGAACAUAUCUGAUUACACACCUCCAGAAUGGGAGCUCGAGUUGUCAGGGAGAAUGAUGACAUAUUGGACAAACUUUGCAAAAACAGGAAAUCCGAAUAAACCAGCAUCAGAUGUAGUAUCUUCUACAGUUUGGCCAAAAUAUGACGUCACAUCACAGUCCUACAUCAAGUUUGAUAGGGAAGAUUCUAUUGGUCAGUAUUUGUUUACGAAAGAAACCGACUUCUUGAGGAAUACUUUACCAAACGUAUUCGAUGCUACAGAGGUUCCGCAAACUAUUACAUCACAAUAUGGUAUCAAAGACGAACAAAGUUGCGAUAAAGACGGCACAUGUGGAUGAAUCAAGCCUCUGACAUUCUAUUCGAUGAACAAUAUAUUUUAUUUCAAAACCCCUGCGGACACGAAAAAAAAAUCACACAUCAUUUGUGACAUUGACCUUGAUAUGAGAGACCAGGCGACACGCCUUUUCAAUAUGGUUAACAUUUAUGUCAAAUAAUUUUGAAAUCCCCCUAUAAAUGUUUAUGAUACAGCCGGAUGCGCUUGCUCGCGCACGCACGCACGCUCACACACACACACACACACACACACACACACACACAUACACACACUAAACCACGCACACGGAGGGACUGACUGUGCUAUUUUAUUAUGCCCACCUUCGGGGGCAAAAUAAUAGGAGAACUGAUAUAAAAAAUACAUGUGUUUUACUUUAUCAUACAAAAGGGUUGUAAUUUCAUGAAAUAGAAAAUAAAAGAAAGUUAA